AUGAGAGUUGGAGAAGGUCGGGGUGGGGGUAGCGGAGGCGGCCGUGGGGGUGGUGGUGGUGGCUACCGUGGCGGUGGUGAUGGUGGGGGCGGAGGGGCUCCCCGGGGUGGAUACCAGGGCGGCCGUGGUCCCGCAUACGGCGGAGGCGGUGGACGCGGGAGAGGUGGUGGAGGACGUCUAGUCGCGGAUUACGGUCUGUUCCACGCCAGCGGCGAUACACAGAUACCAAACCAAAAGCUCAACGCCGACGCCGACGCUCUUAUACGCACCCUUGCCAGCAACAGAGUCCAGGGCGAUUUCCCGUAUCGCCAGGACUUCGGGAAACAAGGCGCCUCGACCGUCGUACGCGCCAACUUCUUCAAGGUGGACUUGCCGGAAAAGCCGUUGUACCAAUACGAUGUGGACUUCUCUCCCAACGAGAAGAAAGCCGGGGUUCGAACCAGAUUGUUCGAACUCUUGCAGAAGACUCCGGACUUCCGGAAACUGGUGCCGAACCCCAACUGCAUUGCGACCGAUAACUCCAAGACCUUCAUCUCCGCGGUCCAACUCAACAUGCCCCAGAGGCAGAGGGUGUUCGACGUGCGGUUUUACUACGUGGAUGAGGCAGAGCGGGCCACCGACAAGUGCUACAAGGCUACCAUCACCUUUGCUCAUGAGUUCAAUACGAAGGAUCUCCAGAAGUUCGUAUCGGGAGUGAUGAAUUACCCGCCAUACGACGCCAGCGUGAUUAUCCGCGCACUCAACAUCAUUCUGGCAAAGUUUCCUGUGUCCGGCUUGGCCGGCAACAGGAAGGUCAUGAAAGUUGGCAGCGGAGACAACAAAUUCUUUAUUCUCGAAACCCAGCCCGAAGAACUGGGCAGUGGCCUAGUUGCUUACCGGGGAUACUAUUCCUCCAUCCGGCCCACCUACGGUCGCGUACUCUGCAACAUCAAUGUGUGCACGGGGGCAUUCUUCAAGUCGCAGAGCUUGACUGCCAUGAUCAACGACGUGUGGCCCGGCGGAGCCCCCGUGAGUCCGAAAGGUGGGAUUGGCUUGAAGUCGAUCGAUGGGCUGCGAGUUAUGACCACUUAUCUUGGAAAACCCAAGAUCUUCACGUUGAAGGGCCUCGGUGGCACGGUUGUCGAGGAGAAGUUCGACUGGGACGAAGAGAAGCGCAUGGUAACGGUUGCGUAUUACUUCAAGAAGAAAUACGCGAAAGACCUAAAUCCUAACGGACGUUGCGGAUUCUGGUUCGGCGCCGGAGGCAGAAAAGCCUUCAUUCCAGCGGAAUUGUGCACCAUCGUCGAGGGGCAGCUGUUCGGGUCAUUCCUCACCGGGAAUCAGACCAGUAGGAUGCUACAAGUAGCAUGUCGGUCGCCCAAAAGCAAUGCGGAGCUCAUAACCGGCGAGGGACUCGAUGUCCUCGGGCAUUCGGGCGGCGCGAACCAGAUACUCGACACGUUCGGGCUCAAAGUGAGCAAGUACAUGGAAGUCAUCUCCGCGAGGGUGUUGAGACCCCCGCAAGUGACCUACAAGAACAGAACCGUCAGCAUACGAGAAAACAGUGCAUCUUGGAACCUCAUCGGAAUAAAGUUCCCUGUGGGCGGCAAGUUGCAGAACUGGGCGGUUCUGGCGAUCGGAGAUGGUGGGAGGACGGACUUUGCCGAUGUGAACGAGCUCAAAUACAUCACCCAGCUCUUUGUCGACAAGUGCACGGAAUGUGGCAUUGCGGUGGUCGAGAGGGAGCCGCGCGUGUGGCAGAAAUGUGAGCUUCCGCCGAAGAAUCCCGGAGACCCGAUGAGGACAGCGGCUUUACCCGCUCUGAGAGCUGCUCUCUCCACUAUCUGCAAGAGCGGCCGGAAGUCAGCAAGUGCCAGACCGACUCCGGAUUUCCUACUCGUGAUGUUGUCGAACGACAGCAAGCAGAUCUACAACUACAUCCGAACGCUUGUAGACUGCGAGUUUGGCAUCUCGACGAUGUGCUGCCAUUCGGAAAAGAUCAAGAAGGAGAAGGGUCAGCCACAAUACCUCGCAAACAUCGCGAUGAAGGCCAACUUGAAGUUGGGGGGGAUGAAUCAUAGAGUAUCCGCCAACGGCAUGCUCGCCACGUUGCUGGGCACUGACACCAUCAUUUUGGGCGCGGAUGUCACCCAUCCCACCGCAAAAGUUAGUACAAGGGGCACUCCCAGUAUCGCGGCAGUUGUAGGCAGCUACGAAAACACAUACAGUGUGUACCCGGGUAGCAUACGCCUACAGAAAACUAGGCAAGAGAUAAUCCAACACCUGGACGAACAAGUGGCCGAGCGCCUGGCAUUUUACGCCAAACAUAACGGAAAGCUUCCGCAACGCAUUAUCUACUUCCGCGACGGCGUCUCGGAGUCACAAUACCGGCAGCUAAACACGGACGAACUGCCUUUAAUCAAAAAGGCAGGCCAGGUAGCCUCCAAACAGGACCCUGAGUACAAUCCCAAAAUCAGCAUUAUCGUCUGCGGAAAGCGCCACCACGCGCGUUUCUACCCCACCGACCCGAGGCACAUGGACGGCAAGGGCAACUCAGCCCCGGGAACCGUCGUCGAUCGCGGCGUCACCUCCGUAGCACACAUGGACUUUUACCUCCAGGCGCAUGUGGGCCUCCAGGGGACGGCGAGGAGCGCCCACUACUUCGCCGUGCACGACGAGAUUGGGUUUUCGGCAGAUAACUUGCAGGCCCUGGUCCACGAGAUGAGCUAUCUCUUCGCCCGGGCGACCAAGAGCGUCAGUUACGUCCCGCCCGCGUACUAUGCCGAUAUCCUGUGUGAUCGUGGCCGCUGCUAUCUGCAGGCCUUGCUGGCGGGACACCCGAUUACAAAUAUGGCCGAGGUGAGGAAAGCGGCCGGCCCAGUUGAGGCCGACAAGAAGGCGGCGGAGGAGGCCGCCACGAUGGCCGAGGCCAUCAAGACUUGGGGAUCGGGUCCUAGGGAGGAGGUCGCACGGCUGAUGUUUUACAUUUGAAGGCGCCGGGAG